AUGGAAAUAAGAUUUCAAAAGGAACAAACAAUUGAUAAAAGUGUGCAGGAACAAAUCAAUAAGGAUAGAGAACAUUGGAGACAAGUAUUGUUGAGAAUAAUAUCCGUGGUUAGAACUCUUGUAGAAAAUAAUUUGGCGUUUCGUGGAGAUAAUGAGAAGAUAUACCAAGAAAAUAAUGGCAUCUUCUUAAGCUUAAUUCAAAUGAUUGCUGAGUUUGAUCCUGUAAUAGAGCAUAUUCGUCGAAUUCAAAAUAAAGAAAUUCAUUAUCAUUAUCUUGGACACAAAAUUCAGAAUGUGUUGAUACUUAUGCUAGCGGGUGAGAACAAGAAAAUAAUCAUCGAGAAACUCAAAGAAUCCAAGUACUUUUCUGUGAUACUUGAUUGCACUCCAGAUUUGAGUCACGAAGAACAAAUGUCUAUAGUAUUGAGGUGUGUUGAUAUUUCAGCAAGUCCAGUGAAGGUAGAAGAAUUUUUUUUAGGAUUUUUAUUGGUGGAUGAUAUAUCUGGAAAGGGAUUUUUUGAUGAAUUAGUGAAUGCGUUGAAUAAUUUAGAGCUUGAUAUCGAUAAUAUAAGGGGUCAAGGAUAUGAUAAUGAUGCUAACAUGAGAGGAAAACAUAAAGGGGUACAGAAUAGACUACUACAAGUAAAUCCUAGAGCAUUUUACACUCCUUGUGGGUGUCAUAGUCUCAAUCUUGCACUUUGUGAUAUGGCUACUUGUUGUACAAAAGCUAAAUCUUUCUUUGGAGUGGUGCAACAUAUAUACACUCUAUUUUCAUCAUCUACUAAAAGAUGA